CGCAUCUGAUCUCUGUUCUGUGCAAAGUCUCAAACCAAAACAUGAAAAAUCAACUUCACUAUUUAACUGGAAUUCUGUAUUGAAUUUCAAAACUUCCUGAAGAAUCUAGCAGUCGAAAUAAACAAUACUAUCCACUUUGUAAAUGUUAUUCUUUCGGCUUAUAGGAAGCGCCUUAUUGUUACGAGUGGCGAACGUCUGCGGCGAAGGCAUAAUGGCAAACGGCGGGAAACAUUGUAGCACCGACAGAAUUCGAUACCUGACACAGUCAGAAGCAAUGAAUUUAGACCUGGAUUUGUUUAAUGAAUAUAAGUUUAGUGUCGAUCAGCUGAUGGAAUUGGCUGGAUUGAGUGUGGCAAAUGCUGUCGCCCGAACUUAUCCAUCCAACACUCAUCAAUCAGCACUUAUAAUCUGUGGGCCAGGUAAUAAUGGAGGUGAUGGAUUAGUGGCAGCACGGCAUCUGGCACUCUUUGGGUACACUGUAGCUGUUCAUUACCCUAAAAAAACACCAAAACCAUUAUAUGAGAAUCUUUUUGAGCAGUGCAAAAGAUUUGGAGUGACUAUUGUGGACAAGCUUCCACCAUUGCAGGAUUUGGCCGACAAUUACAAUGUACUGGUAGAUGCUUUAUUUGGCUUCAGUUUUAAGCCACCAGUGAGAGAUGAGCUGAAACCAGCUUUAGAUGCUUUAAUUAAAAGUGGAUUACCAGUGUGCAGUGUGGACAUUCCAAGUGGAUGGGAUGUGGAAAAAGGCCCUAUCUCAAGCAAUGCCCUGAGGCCAGCUAUGCUAAUAUCACUAUCUGCACCAAAACUUUGUGCUCGGCCAGAAAUACUAAAUGACAUCAAACACUUUUUGGGUGGUAGAUUCUUACCGCAAGAUAUAAUAGCCAAAUACAAUUUGUCACUACCUGACUAUCCUGCUCAAGAUCAAGUGGUGCAAUUAUCUUGUUAACUAGUUAGGUAUAUAUAAAUAAUAUACGUAUUAA